GCGUGCUUUAUCAUGGAUAGCUGAUGACUGGAUCACAUUUCCAGAAAGCAGAGAGGAAAGACAGCAAGUUAGCAACGGGUAAAACAUCUCAAAGCCAUAAGUUUCCAAGUAAAUGUCUGAGUUUAGUUUUCUGUUCUAUGAUAAGUUUUCUCUCAUUAAUUUCUUUCAGAUUCAGGCAACAUAAUAGAAUUCCAAACAUUCUAGGUUUGAUUGACUGUGUUGUGGUGAAAUUUGUUCGACCAUCAAGGAAUGAAGAAGCUUUUUAUCAUCAUAAGCAUUCACAUGCUAUGAAUGUACAAGUCGUUUGCGAUGAUAACCACAUUAUACGGAACAUAAGGAUAUGUCCAGGCUCAAAUAAUGACAGGCAUGUUUGGCGGCACAGUGAUAUAAGAGAGAAACUACAAAGUCUACGAGAAGACCAACAGAUUGUUCGUGAGGAAGGUCGUUAUUAUUUUCUUGGUGACAGUGGCUACACAUCUUCCCCUAUCAUGUUGACCCCAAUACAGAAUGCCCCGGAAGGUUCAGCAGAAGCUCUCUAUACAUCCGAGCACACCAGGACUCGAUGCCAAAUAGAACAAACAUUUGGAAUCUAUUCAAAUGUGUGGCUAGCGAUUAGUAGACGUCGUGUACUACCAUACAAACCAAAAAAAGUAGCAUUGAUUAUUCUUGCUUGUGCUGUUUUGCACAAUUUCAGAAGAUUAAAUGGUAUACGUCCUGGCUUUCCAGCACAAAAUCAUGCCAAUAAUGACAGACAUGUUUUCGAAGAGGGAGAUUUUCAAGCUGGAAUUCUGGAGAGGCAGCGUUUAAUUUAUCGUUACUAUGUAUAAAAUAUUACUAAUCUGAAAUUACCAAAAUUGUAUUUUGUAAUAAAAAUAAGUUACCUACAGAAUUACUUUCUUU